GGUGCACAUAUUCACAAACACAGACACACACAAAGAUACACAUGACAAACUAAACUAAGCCAUGAAUCGUAAGGCGGGCGUCAUGAUAUACCCAAACAAGAACUGAACUGAACCAAAUUAUAAACGACUACACACACACAGAAAGCGAGAAAGAAACAUGCAAGUUAGGUUUUCAUCAUUACUAUGUGAAGAAGAGUAGAAUAUGAAUGUAAACGGAAUAGAGAAUGGUUCCGAAUAAAUGAAUGAGAAUCCGGCAAAUAUUCAUCAUGUUAGUGAUGAUCUAGUUUUAAUGAUAAUGAACAUUAAAGGAAUUUCCAUUAUACCUGAUCAAAGAAUUUUUUUUUUUUUGUUUGUUUGUUUGUACAUUGCUGACCAUUGGUGAAAAAAAAAUUAUUCAAUUUAUAAUAUGUAAUUCUAUUUCAACUUUUGAUAACAGUACAUACAUUUCAAUUAUCUGUUUCUCCAUCGAAUAACAUCAUCGUUCAUCGUUUUCUUUGUGUAAUAUAUUUGAUGAUUUAAUUUAAUUUUGUUUAUAUCAUUCUUAUCAUCAUUUUUAUCGUAUUUAUUUUGUGUGUGUGUAUGUGUGUUGUUCUACUUUCAAUAGUUAUAAUUACGAUGAUGAUAAUGAUUAUGAUUGUCAUUACAUGAUGAUUUUGCAUUCAAUAAUUGUCAUUGGUUUAGAAUUUGUGUUUUUUUUUUUUUUUUAUUGUAUUAGUUUGUGUUGUAUAAUACCAAGUAGACAAUAUUUAACUCAUUAAAAAAAUGAAUGGAUGAUAUAAACAAAAAUAAAAAAAAAUCAUUUACUCUAUGUAAAAACGAUUUAUUCCCAUCACGUCUGUCAAAAUCGAAAUCUUCUUUCUCAUCAUUCAAUUCGAUUUUUUUUGGUUGUUGCUGCUAAUAGAAUGAUGUGAACAUUUUUGAAUGAAACUAAUUUUGAUCUGGAUUAUGUGCAUCAUCCAUUCGUUUUUGUUGGUGAUUAAAUAUUAAAAUCAUAAGCAUAAUAAUGUGCAUGGUGAAUUGGAUGAUCAAUCAUUCAAAUCGAUAAUAAUGGCAAAUACAUUGAUUGGACAAGAAUCAUCACAAAUUCUCAUUACAAUUGGUCUUUCGUUUACAUUAUUUAAUCUAUUAAAUAAUUUUUUCGGCCAAUUUGAUUGGUGGUUUCUUGGAACUAAACAAAAGAAAAAAAUAAAUUUUCGUGAUUUUUCCCGAAAAAAACCUAAUGAUCUUUAUGAAAGAUGGAAAUGGCGAAAUAUACUAGUCUCAUUGAUUCAUUCAACGAUAUCCGGUUUAUUCACAUUCUAUUUAACAUAUGACCAUUUCAUUUCACCGAAUGAUGAUAUCCGAUUAACGAAUAACCAACAGCAUUUAAAAUUGCAUCGAUUAUCCAUUUGUUUUUCAAUCGGUUAUUUUAUUUAUGAUACAAUGUUAUCAUUAUCAAAAUUGGGCAAAUAUCCUGAUCGGAUAGAGAUAAUUUUACAUCAUGUGAUAACCAUGAUAACAUUGAUUAUCGUUAUCAUUCCACAUUAUUCUGACACUAAAAUAAAUCCAUUUCAACGAUUUUUACCAUUCUGUUUGUUUGGUCUCAUUAUUGAAUUGAGCAACAUAUUUAUUCAUAUACGUUCGAUUGGAAAAAUAUCUGAAUUCUGGUCACAUUAUCCAAACAUUUUCAAUCGACUCAACAGUUUAUGUGCCAUAGUUUCCAUUGUCCUAUUUCGUUUCUAUCCACUUGCAAAGAUUUGGGCCGAUAUUUAUAGAAAUUAUUAUUUAAAAUCUCACUAUAUUGUCACCAUUUGGGGAUUCAUAGCGAUUUCAUUGCUAAUGUUAUCAUUUAUGUUUAUAAGCAUUGUGAUACUAUGGCGUAUUAUACAGGAAGAUUUCCUACUGUUAUCCACUACUUCCGAUAAAUCAUUGAUUAUUGAACGAAACGAAAUAACCGAUACUCAACAAUUGACAAAUAAUAAUUUAAAACAAAUUAAAAAACAGCAAUAGUUUUUUUAUAGAUGCAAAAUAAAAAACACUU